CGGAAAAGAAAGCGACGUUUUUAUUGGACCACGCCGCAAAAACACAACUUUCAUGCUAGCUCGUGCAUAUGCGUCCUCAGCUCAUAACGUUUAACUCAGCGAACAUUCCUCCAUCCGUUGCUCUGCCCGCGUAGACUAAAUAAAUCGAUUACCUAUUAACGACUGGGAGCUGUGGUAGGUUCGCCUCACGACAACAUCCUCCCCAGUCCUCUCCAGUAGCCCAGCUCAGGUUCUGGCUUCGUCCCCACUGUCCUGACAGAAUGACAUCUCCUUGGCCUAAAGGAACGAAACUAGUUCACCUGGAUUUGAAAGGCGCCCCCCCGAGGGUAGAAUACCUUCAUAGGCUGAUCGAGCUGUUCUCUCAGCUGGGAGUGGACGGCCUGCUGGUGGAGUAUGAGGACAUGUUUCCUUAUGAGGGGGGGCUGAAGCUGCUGCAGGCAACAGCACAGCCUGCUUACAGCCGAGAGGAGGUAUUAUCCAUGCAGGAAUUUGCCACAUCUAAGGGCAUGGAGGUCAUCCCACUGGUGCAGACAUUUGGUCACAUGGAGUUUGUGUUGAAGCAUCGGCCCUUGUGGAGCCUGAGAGAGAUGGGGCACUGUGUGAGCACCCUGAACCCCCACAAAGAGGAAGGGUUUAGGCUGGUGAUGGAGAUGCUGAGGCAGGUGGUGGAGCUGCAUCCCGGCUUAAAUACACUGCACAUUGGAGCAGAUGAGGUGUACAUGCUCGGCGAGGGGGAGGAGUCCAAACUGUGGUUGGCCUCACCUGGACGUACAGUGGAGCAACUUUUCCUGAGUCAUGUAACCAAGGUGGCGCGGGCCGUCAAGGAGGCAUGGCCACACAUGACCAUCAUAAUGUGGGAUGAUAUGAUGAGAGGCAUGACCCAGGACACGCUAAAAGCUAGUGGCCUAGUGGGACUCGUCCAGCCCAUGUUGUGGGACUACACCCCUAAUCUGGAUGUGGACACAACUGUGUCUCUGCUGGAGAAGUACUGCAGUGCGGGUAUGUCGGAGCUGUGGGCUGCCAGCUCCUUCAAAGGCUCCACCAGUGUUUACACCUGUGUGCCCAGCACACAGAGACAUGUGGACAACCAUGUGCAGUGGCUGAAGGUGGCUGCUUCUCUAUCUGCUGCUGUGAAACUGCAGGGCAUCGCCAUCACAGGCUGGCAAAGGUAUGACCACCUGUCGGUGUUGUGUGAGCUGAUGCACGUGGCUCUUCCAUCGCUAGCAGCCUGUCUCCAGACCCUGGACCAUGGGCAGUUCAGUGCCGAGGCCCAGAGCCGAGUAACUGAGAGACUGGGUAUCCCCUCAGUGGAGGUAGACGCCAUUGGGAGGACUUCUGCAGACGACUCGCUGUUCCCAGGAAGGAAGCUGGCUGAGUUAACUGUGGAGCUCAAUUCACUGCUGAACUCGGAGGACGUACGCUUUUUUGAAAACAACAUGUAUGUAAGAGGAUGGUUCAGCCCCUUCCAACGACAGAGGAAAAUGGUAUCUCCCCUCAUCACCAUGCAGAUCCACAGCCAAGCAUCCACGUAUUUGGCUACGCUACAAGAGAAGGCGGGGGCAGUGAGAGAGGAGAUGGUGCGUCUAUAUCCAAAUUCAACAGCCCAGGAGUGGAUGGAGGAACAUGUUAGCCCUGUAGUGGCUCCUUUACAGAGGAUAACAGAGGACAUCAGCGCCUGCCUGAAUCAGAUGGUGCCGUAG